AUGGAGUUGGAAGGCCCUGUUCCAAAAAGAGCUCUCCCAGAGCAGGGCUUGGUGUGCACGCAGGCCCGGCCUGCUCAGGAAGCAUGUUGGUCUUUUCCUGUCCAGUUGAAUAUUCACGCAGCUUUAACCCUGCAAACUGACUCCCGGACACACACAGCUCCUCGGGUGCCAGGGCCGCCUUCCUCAGGCCUUUCUCUGCCAGGCUCCUUCUCAGCAGGGCUUCUGGCACCUCCCGUGCCAGCUGUCUCCAUGCUCGCACCAGCCAGCACUCCCGGGCCUCCUUCCUUUGUCUGCUGCCUCCUCCAGGAUGGCGGCUCCGUGGGGUUGGGUGUUCUGCCACGCUUUUGUAGUGCUCUGAGCCCGGGGCAGUGCCCGGCACAUUCUAGACACCCAGUACGUAUUGGGAGAAUAAAGGAGUGA